AUGGAGUUCUGGGAUAUGUUCAAGACGCGCAAAGCUGAUAUCCUGCGCCUCGUCGACGCUGCCCAGUCUGGCUGUGAAAUUAGGCAGGCGAGGGUAGAGGUCUAUUCACUGCAGAAGACUUUCAACGACGCCGUUGAUCUCCUUCCCUCAUUCGAUCAGAAGAGCUACUCCACUCAGCUCGUUCAGAUUGCAAGUAUCCUCAACGAGAAGGAAGCUGCAGUAGCGCCGAAACCCAAAUUCAGCUUUAAAGAUAAAGCACGUGCAAGACAGGCCGCAUCUGUAACUACUGCAAGUGCUGGGAGUGCUGGGAACGCUUCAAUUGGCCCUGCUAAGACUACGCUAGACCAGCACCUUCACCCCCACAAUCACGAGUCAGCCUUGGCAGCUACAGAUAUACACCACACGCUACAUAUCAUCAACGCCCAUCAAGGCGGUCUCACUGUCGAUCGCGUCUCCGAUAGCGUCCUCGUCGCUCCUGCAGACACUCACUCACCGUCUAGCUGCCACAUCCACAAUGUAGAACGAAGCAUAAUCAACCUCAUUCGGGUAGACGGCAGUCUGUUCCUCAAUAACAUCAACCACGCUAUCAUUAUAGCUGAAUGUCAUCAGUUCCGUAUACACAAAUCUCACAACGUUACCAUCGCACUCUCCAUUUCUUCCACUGCUAUCAUGGAAUCGUGCACCAACAUCACUUUCGUCAAGCAUCCAAAGGCUACGAACAUACCCGUGGUAUCUGACUUUGAUGAUCCCGUUUCUUCAUCCAAUUUCACAUAUAGCGAGAACACCGGGCGAGUUGAGGAUAUAGUAAAGCAGCCCACUCUCGCACAGUUAGCAUACCUUCCUUAA